AUGGGAAAUAAGAGGGAUAUAUCAACGCAGUACAAGCUUUUGGAAAUCAUUGGAAGGGGGAAGUUUGGAACUGUCCACAAAGGGUACAAUGUUGACACCAAACAGGUGGUUGCUAUUAAAAUAUUGAAUCUGGAUACCGAUCAUGAAGAAGUUAAGGAUAUACAACAGGAAAUUCAGUUUCUCUCCUCCCUGAAAAGCGUCCCCAACAUAACGCAUUAUUAUGGGUCAUAUUUGAAAGGUCACAAGUUGUGGAUUUUAAUGGAUUAUUGUGCUGGAGGUUCGGUUCGUACCUUGUUGAAACCAGGACCUCUACAGGAGAAAUACAUCUCCGUCAUUACCAGGGAACUUUUGAUUGCCCUGCAGUUUAUUCAUGAACAUAACGUUAUUCACAGAGAUAUUAAGGCUGCAAAUAUACUAAUAAGCAAGGAAGGUAGGGUGAAGUUGUGUGACUUUGGUGUUGCCGCCCAACUGUCUUCAACUGCCUUGAAAAGAACAACCAUGGCUGGAACCCCUUAUUGGAUGGCUCCUGAGGUCAUCACAGAGGGCGCCACAUACAAUGUCAAAGCAGAUAUCUGGUCCACCGGUAUUACAAUAUAUGAAAUGGCCACCGGGAAUCCUCCGUACAGCGAUAAAGAUGCCUUGAGAGCAAUGCAAUAUAUUACCCAGCAUGAGCCACCCAGACUAGAAGGUAGGCAAUAUGGUCCCCUGUUGAAGGAGAUCAUAUCUAUUUGUUUGGAAGAAAAACCAGAUGUCAGGCCCUCGGCUGAAGAAUUGCUCAAAACCAAAUUUAUCAAAAAUGGAAAGGGGUACCCUACUACCCUAAUUAAAGAGGUGAUUGGUAAGUAUUUAGUCUGGAGAGAUAAUAGGGCUGAAAAUAACUCUCAUGAAGAUAGUCCAAAUGGUAACACAGAUAGGGAACCUACCAAUCCAAAUGAAGUUGGAAGACCAAUCAAUGAUAACAACAUCAACGGAGAUGGCCUCACGGAGCUUGAAAUGUCAUCUACAGUGUCUAUCGCUGAGACUACCACAAGCCAAGGAGAAGGGGAGAACAUUAAGUGGGAUUUUGAUUCUUUGAAGUCUGCAGAAUUCAUUUCAGAAAACAACAUACAUUUGCAUGGAGAAGAAACCAGUAAAUUUGAAGAUUUUGCAUUUGAAGCUAACAUGAACACAAACAGAGAAUUUACUACCUCGCCUUAUAACAGGACAUUUACAAUAGGUAACACAAUGAUCAAUAAUGGAAUUUCCAACAAUAAACACCUGAUAAAUACAGCCACAACCAACCAAUUGGAUUCUAUAAUCAACUCUCAGGUGGAACUGCCAAGUAUGAGAGAACCACCAAAGGCACUAUUAGAAUUAUUCAUGGAGGAUGCAGAAUAUACUGGUACUAGUAACAAUAAUCCAAGGAAUAACUCAAAUAAUGCCAAGGAGUAUAAUAACGGAUAUCCUGAUUACGACCAAAACCCCUUGGCUGAUUUGAACAUGAAGAAAGUCGAAAAGCCCAUCAGCAUUUCAAAUCCUCCACAGAGUGAACCAUCCAUACCGUCUCGCCAGCAAAUCAGCUCUCCUUUAGUCUCGAUCGAGAUUCCUAACAUGGAUGUAAUAGAAAACGAAAUACAAGAAAGGGAGAAGCAAAGGUCAAGAUCGGCGACUGUCAAUUUGAUGCCUAAUUCACAUAAUAAUAGUAAUGUAACUCUCAAUCCAAGUUUGCCGAAAGUUGAGUCUUUUAUAUCUGAUCAACCAUUACCAGUGAGGAAACCUACUAUGUCUAUGCCACACAGAACACCAUCUCCAGCCAGAGCUUUAGAGCAACUAAAUACAAACUUACAAUCAUCGCCAUCAAAGCAAUCGAGCCCACUCCAUAUGAAGCCAUUGUCUGUCACAAUUUCGCAACCGUUACUUCAACCUUUAAAUAAUUCCUCAAAUAAAAACAAGUUGCAGAUCAACUUAGCAAGUAUUCCAAACAAUAAAAGUGCAACUUCUUCGGGCCCACAAACUGCACCAAUUACCAGUUCAACGAAUGCUGAACUUUUGGAUUCUUCAAUUAGACAAAGAUCGCAAAUGAGAAUCCAAAUGCCUGUACCUGUUUCUGCUACUGUUGGUUCCUUUAGUAAUGUAUUUAAAGAAAAUAAUACAAGGCAAGGCUCUGAGGGCACAGAUGUAAAUCAAUUUGGAUUUGAAGUGAAUUCAUCGUCAAUCCCACUAGCGAUGACACCUGUCACUGAGAAACCAUUUUUUCCCAAUAAUACCACGACUCCUGAGAAAGAAUUGUCAAGAGGUGAAAGCAAUCCUUCCCAUGGCUCAAAAAUCAGUAGCUUCACUUCAACAUCAAAUUCUCAACUUUCAAAGCCCUUUGAACGCAAAUCAUCCAUGGAAUCAAGCCUCAAAUACCAACCAUUUUCAUUGCAAUCGACUGCGUCAGUGGAUAACCACUAUUUUUCCAACCAGCAUAGUGAUAAUGACAAGAAUACCUCCAUUGAAUCUGAUGAUUAUGAAAAAGCAGAUGUUACGCUGACUAACGAAAAUAUUUCAAGCAAUGAAAAUGCAGUUACAGGAUUAGGUAUGACGACAUUGAAUGAUAGUAACAAAGCAGUUUCGCAAAAGAACAUUUCAGAACAGCAUAAUUUCUUAGCACAAGAUAAACUACAUGACAUCCUCACCAAUACAUAUAUGGACAUCAAUAUAAUAUCAGGAUUUGGAUUGAGUAUCAAUGGUUCUGAAAAUGAUGAUGAGAAACAAACAAAUGAAAUUUAUACAGCUGAAAUUGAUAAUUUAUUAAGGAACAUGGGGGAUGUGUUGGAUAUAUUGAUCACUGGUUUAAGAUGA